CUGACUUCACUCUCCGCUGGUCCUUUAAGAGCCUCCUCCUCCUCUCCUGUAUUUUUAGCUGAUGAAGCCUCUUCUUUAGUUGAAUAACACACACACACACACACACAGAGACACACGCAGAUGUGUGUACAGUAUGAUCCGUCUCAUCAUUUUCAACCCUCUCUAAUCCAUUCCCAUGAUAUUUGGAUCAGAAACAUCUCAGCCUUCGGGGAAAAAGCUGCGCUGGAUGCUGCAAAACACCAGAAGCAUCAGCACCACCACCACCACCACCAUCAACAACAACAACAACAUCCACGUUGAGCUGCAACAUGAUCCUGAUGGAUUUCUGAGACGUUUCGAGCGCCAUGGAUGAACGCGACUCGAUUUAACCUGCGCGUAAAAGAGCCUCGACAUCCUUCAAAACGGACGGGGUCGUGGAGCAUCGAGGGAAAACCCGGGCCAAUCGGGACCGAGACUACAUGCCCAACAUGGAGAGGGGCAAACCGGCCACCUACACGGGCGACAAGAAGGCAAAGAUGGCUGCAAAGACCAAUAAGAAGUGGGUAAGACUGGCCACCGUGUUCGCCUAUGUUUUAUCCGUGUCUCUAGCUGCGAUCAUCCUGGCCAUCUACUACAGCCUCAUAUGGUCUCCAAACAAGUCAGGUCCAAACACCACCACCACCACCACCACCGCGAGCGCCAACGGGACGGAAAGCAACAGCACGCAGGCGACUCCGAUCCACAUCAACGCCACCGGCACCAACGCGUCUCUGGAGCAGACGGCCGCGUCCCUCUCCAAAAGCGCGCACUCCCAACCCGCGGAUCUCUACACAUACAUGCCCAGCGACAUCUCAGACACCCAGGCUGCAGCUAAACCACAGUCUUCCCGGAGACACCAGACCCUCGCCGGUGGAGACGCACAGCCGGAGACGCGCUGGGACGAGCGCGCAACGUCGCUGGAGGACGACUCUAGACAAACUGACUCAAAUAACCGGCACAGAAAGACCUAAGCGAGGGUUUGAGACUCGGAAACGGUGCUGCUGGUUCACAAGCCGAGACGAGGCCGGACACCGACGCAUAAAUAGCAGAGGCUCCGAAGGUGCUUAACCAUUCAUAUAUAACCUAUUUUGUUUUGCCUUAAUGCUCGGCAUCUCCCAAUUUGGACGCGUACACUCCAAAACCGCAUUGAAUUGUAUAGGAAGCAUUCAUCCGAAGCGAAGGACUGACUGUCCAUUGCGCUCAAUGCCUUGAUUUGAACAGCCAUGUUUUUGGGGUGGGAGGGGGACAAGCUUUUAAAAUAACAACACUAAAAGCUUGCAUGAAUUUCAACUAACCCUGUUACCCAGUUUAAUCAGGAUUCUUGUGUUAGAUGAAAAUGUGUCGAUGCUCAGGUAUGUGCAAAUAUCCAUGUAAAUGUAUUGUUUAGUAAUGUACAUACAUGCUCUGGAAAUUUUUAGCAUCCCUAUAGAUCAUUUUUUUUACAACAAAUGGUGUACCAUAGGUGUAGAAUACAUCACUGUAAUGGUAAAUAAACAACUUACAACUACAAACACUCACUGCACAAGGGGUUAACAAGAAGAUGCACUUGUGUGUGUUAUAUAAGCCAAACUAGGCAGCACAUCAAUCACUUUGACUAGAUUAAAAACAAGCUGGCAAGGUAACGGAAUUACAGUUUAGUUGAGGUGAGCGCGCGGUUUAAUCCUGCAUUAACCCAUAAUCAGAUAUUAGGAUUGGGUUAAUGCUGGCUUUUGUGCAAAACACAACUGGUGCUUCUAUUAAUUGGUUUUAUUCAGGUCAAGAUAGGGUCAUUUUUCAGGCAUUAGCAGCUUUUUACACUUCACAGCAACAGAUUUUCACUCUCUUCGGUGUCUUCUGGCCUCGUAGUGACCCUCAUCGGUCUUAUUUGUCAUCGGUCUCUAACUGUUUGCUAGUGAGUCACAUCUAGUGAUCCUUGCAUGUUUAGUACUCUCUCCGUACAGUACACGAUGGAGGCUUAUUGAUUGACUUCUGAAGUCAAAAGCAGGAAUUACACAAUCCUGCUCUAUUUUCAGCGGUGGCUUUUUGACCUGUUACAGCACAUGCCGGAAAAUAUCUGGGAGAAAUUUGUGCAACUCGAACACAGAGUUACUAAACUGCAUUUAUACUGCACAUUUAUGAACAACACAUGGUCAACAAUGGCCAUUUAAUUCAAACGCGCAAUGCAGCUGCUAAGAUGUUUUGAGUCAUUUUUAGUGAGUUGAUAUGCAGUUGGAUAUUCGCCUGAAUGUAAAAAAGUCCACCUUUAAUUCUAAGAUAUGGAGUUAAAUGCUGAGUUUGUUCAAACAGUGAUGACUGAUUUAAAAAACACUAACUCAGUUUAUUCAGUGGUUGAACUGGAUACUUUGAAUGCAUGCGCUUGUACUAUUAAGCAGCCUGUAAACAAGAUGUUUUGGAGACGUUUUUUGAUCGUCCUGUGACUGUAGAAUUGAUUCAGCAGCUGUGGGUACAAAUCAAUUAUAAAAACCUCAGUUUGUGCCCUUCAAGCGUACGAAAUCCCCUUGAGAAUCAAUUAUUUGAGGUGUUUACCAAGUCAGUCCUCACUAGUACUAGUGCUGAUAGUCAUGUGCUCAAACCUAAGUAAAGUCGAAUGUGUGCUUUGUCCUGAUGGACCAUAAAACAAGUGAAAAAUCCAAC